CUCCCAGCUGUUUCCUGUCUACAGUGUCUGUAAAUGUAGAUAAAUGUGAGGAUUUUCUGUAAAUCCUUCUUCUGUUUGCUAAAUCUGACUGUCACUGCUAAAAUCAGAGCAGAUCCUACGCAAUGGAGUAAAGUCCUAAUAUUCAAAUGUGACAUAGCUCUGAAUCUCUCUCUGGAUUUCCUUUUUUUUUCUAGUUAUCACAGCUAGCAAUCUCAUUUCAGACCCUGUACUUAAAGAAGCCAUGGAAAAAAACAACUGUCUCUCAACACAAUUAUUUAAGUGCUACUUUUGUGAUAUCUUAAAGGUUAAAAUGCACACGAUGACCUACAUUCAUCUCAUUUACCUGAGCUUAUGUCUACUCACCAUAAGCCAGUCAGCGGCUGCUGGUCAAGAAACACUCUGCGGUGCUGAAUUAGUGGAUGCCCUUCAGUUUGUAUGUGGAGACAGGGGCUUCUUUUUCAGCAAACCUGUAGGGUAUGGAUACAGCAGUCGACGAUCACAUCACAGGGGAAUAGUGGAUGAAUGCUGCUUCCAAAGCUGUGAUCUGAGAAGGCUAGAGAUGUACUGUGCUCCUGCCAAGCCAGUGAAAUCAGCACGGUCUGUACGUGCUCAGCGUCACACUGAUAUUCCAAAGGCCCAGAAGGAAGUACAUUUGAAGAAUGCAAGUAGAGGAAACACAGGGAGCCGAAGCUUCAGGAUGUAAAUAAUAUUACCACUCAAAGUCUUGAAGAAUGAAUGUGCCAUCUGCAGGAUACAUUACUGAAAUGGAACAAAAUCAGAUAAAACAGGGAAAGACUUUACUUAUCUCAACCAAUGGGCAUUCUUCCUUUGAACAAUGCAAAUACACAUUCCAAUAAUAUGUAUUCCAAUAGAUUCAUGUCAACUCACAUAGCUGAUCUAAUACUGUGUAAUCUUUCACCUGUUUAAUAGCCUGCAUCUACUAGAGGUCCAGAAAUAAAUGGCCUUCUCGAUGGCUCCUAUUGCACUAAACUUAA